GUGACGUAGUAAAUAUUCAUUCAAAAUAGAAUAGAAGAAUAUUUAAUAAAUGAAAGAAUAUUAAAGAAAUAAAGUAAAGAUUUGUUGAAUUUACAAAGAAAGUUAGAAUCAUAAUUUAAAAUAGAAAGGUUCAUAUUUUCAAGAAACUAAAUUAUAUUGGUUUAAAAAGUCUUAAACAAAGUUACAACACAAUAUUAUGUAACAGGAAAUUUUAUAAAACAUUAUCAAAAAGAUUGUGACAUGUUAAUCCCCCUGAAAUAAAUUAAGCUUAAGUAAUUAUGAGAAGGGGCACAUUUUAGACAAUAAAUCAUUAUCAAUUGGGAUAGCGUCCCGCCGAAGGCAAAGCGAUUAUUUUAUAAAAAAAUAAUUGUCUAUUGUAAAAUAGUGGGAGGGAGGAGUAACUCAAAUUAGUUGUAAAUUGGGGAAUAAAUUAACUUUUGAUUGGGCAAGCAAUUUUAGGCUGAUCUUGGCGUGACCACGUGAGGAAAAGGUUUUAAGGGAUAAAUUUUGAUAUUAAAACUUCACUUGGUCACUUGAUAACAAGAAUAAAGAUCUAGCCUGAAUUUGUGUCCAUUAUAUUUAAGGUAUGUAAAGUAUACAUGUUUGAAACAAAUAAGUAUGAAUAAUAAUUUAACAGAUUUAUUUUAAAUAUAAAAUAUAACAUUGUUCAAAUUGAAGAUAAAAGAACUUAUUCGUUUAACACAAGUUUAUCUACAAAUUGUAAGGAUUGUCGGUUUGUUGAAUAUUAAGUAAAUUAAUUAAGAAAUCAGGCAUAUGAUAAGUUCCGUAAAGAUUGCAUGUGUGAGCAGCUAUUGGUUUUAUUUUUAUUAUAUUAAAGGGACAUAAUUUGAUAUUGUUUAGAAAGAUGCUCGUGUGAAUAAUACAAUUUCAGAAAUAAUAGGAAUCUAAGGAAUAUUUAAAAUGAUAUUUAUAGAUAAGUUCAACUCUAAGAUAUUCAGGAAACUGAACAAUAAGCUGUCCAACUAUAAAAACAGAAGACGAUACAAAAAACACCCCAAGUAUCGACACAACAGAUUUGGUAGAGGAGAGUGAAAAGAAAACGGUACCUUACAUCAGAAAUGCCAAGCACCCCAGUGAAUAGAAACUUGCGAUCAGCAAACAGAGGUACAGAAUCAGAAGAACAAAGAGCAGAAAGUAUUAAUACAACUAUUGAAACAACGCAACAAAGAACAGAAACUGUGGGAACAACAACAGGUACAAGUCUGAGUACAACAGCAGAAUUUCAUUCAGAAAGUGGCACACCGAUAACAUUACAAACAGAAGGUGGAGCAGCGACCAAUAUGCAACAACAAGAACAAACUCCAGAAGUUCAACAGAUAAAAAGACAGGUGUCUGCUUUGAUCAGCCCAAUUGCCAUUUUGUUUUGGAUAUUCAUCAUGUUAGCAGCAUUCAUUCAGUUAAGUGAAGCAAAGUCUACUCACAAACAAAUCCUUAAACUAAAUUAUGGCAUUAUAUUUGAAAAACAAGGUAGAAUUCAUUUUGGAAAACCAACACUAGUCAAAGGUAGAAGAAAAUCUAAAAGAGCAAUUUUAUCUUUCGUGGGGCAAUUAUCAAAAACUCUGUUUAACACAGCAACUAUGGACGAUGUAAACUUAUUGGCAAGGCACAUAAAUGCCUUAACUACUAGAACAUUAAAGUUAACAAAUACAAUGGCUCAACAUGAUCAACAUGAAUCUUCAUAUAUGGCAUCUGUGGAUAAAAGAAUUUCAAACCUAGUUACACAAAUAUCAGACAAUCAUAAUGAAAUUAAUAUGAUGCAAAAAUCAGUAUUAGACCAUGUCAGAGAUGCAGAAAAUUUAUUUCUACAUCUUCAAGCAAAGAUAAUAGAAUCAUUUUCAUUAUCUUCAAAAAUUAAUCAACAACUAGAACAAUUGAAAUUGGGAAUUUUUGAUUUAGUUCAGGGAAAAUUGUCUCCCUUACUAAUAAAACCUUCAACUAUAACUAGCACAAUAAAUAGGAUCCAACAGGUAUUAAAUACAAAAUACCCAGGAUUUUAUAUUUCACAAACCAGUCAAAAUUUUUAUUAUGAUACCAAAUAUUUUGUAUUUUCAAAACACAAAUCGGAUAUAUUUGUGAUGUUAAACAUACCUUUAGCAUAUAAGAUGUCAAAACUUGACUUAUAUAAAGUAACGUCAUUACCAUUUCCACAUAAUUCAACAACUCAUGCUACCCAAUUGUUAAAUACACCUCAAUAUGUAGCUAUUACCAAAGAUAAACAGUAUUAUAUAAAAUUGUCAGACCAAGAAUUAGAAAAAUGUACCAAAUAUGAUGAUAACUUCCAUUGCCAGUUUACGAAAUCCUUUUCAACUAGUAAAAGUUCAUGUUUAAUGUCAAUAUAUAAUAAUCAGAAAGAGAAAGUUAACCAGUUCUGUGAUUUCCGAUUCUUACAUGAUGUUAUAAAACCAAAAAUUGUUGCUUUAACACAAUCGUCUGUCGUAAUCUAUAAAACUACACAAUUAAAUAUGGAUUGUAAUGGAAAACAAAUAAUAAAACAAGGUUGUGAUUUUUGUAUAAUUCAAAUCCCAUGCAGGUGUUCUAUUUUAACCACAAAUUUGUAUAUUCCACCAUCUUUUACAAAUUGUAAAACAUCAAAUAAUAUUACUACUAUUUAUCCAAUAAAUCUUGCUUUAUUACAACAAUUUUUUAAUGCGGAACAAUUAAAAGAUAUUCAACCAAAUUCUACUUUUAGUACUUUACCAAAUAUUGCAAUUCCAAACUUUAAAAUGUAUAAUCAUUCCUUUUCAACAUUUUUGUCAAAUGAUAAAAGAGAUCAUUUAAGCCUCACAAAGAUGGCUGAAGCUACAAAACAAGAAGGUAUGGUUUUUCAUAAUUUGGCUGAGCCUCUCCUAGAAGGAAUCAUAAAUGUUAAAGAUAAUUGGCCUGAUUUAAAUGGUAUUUUAGGCAUGAUAGGAACAGUAUUAGCAUCCAUAUCAAUUAUUUUUGCUAUAUGGGCAUUCUUUAAAAUAAAAAUACUAACAACCGCUCUUAUAAUACUUCAAGGAUCUUGCCAUGUAAAAUCUAUGACUGCCCCAUCAUUUAUUUAUAAAAACAUUCAAACAACCACAUCAAACCCAAUUACAUCAAAUCUUUUUAAAGAACUAAAGUUCAAUCAUAUUCUGGUGGCCAUAAUUGGUAUUUUGAUUGUCAUUGUGGUUUUCCUUAUGUUAUACAAAAAGAGAAAAAGUUCACAACAUACAUUUAUUUCAUUAGAAAUAACCACAGGAUCAAACUGCUUAACUCUUCCCCUAUGCAAAUUGCCACUAUGUCCAUCAUACUGGACUUUUUCAAUGCCACCAGAAGUUAAAAGUCUCAGUGUUUCUGGAAUCUUUAGACCUAGUUUACAUAUUAAUUGGGAUGAUUUUAUAAUAACAAACACUUUAACACAAAAAUCUAUAGUAGGUCCUAAAAACAUUAAAAUUUCUUUUUGGGAAGCUUUACGUUUAAAACAGAUUUUGAAACAACCAUUUUUUGUCUAUAUUUUAUUAAAACAUAAUAAUAUGUACAAAGUUAUAAACGAGCCUUGAGUUUUGUCAAUAAUUGCCUGACCAUGAGUAUUUUCUAUCUUGUCUAAUAUAACAUAACAUAGUAUGGUUAAGAUUGCGAAAAAUGGCACUGGAUUAAGUAACAUAAGAAUCAUUGGAUAUGCGAUAAACUGAAGAAUUCAAAGGAACAAAGUGAUAUCGAAAUACUGCGAGGAAUACCAACACAACUUCAAUAUGUGUUCAAAGGAAAAUUCAACAUAGAAGGAUUGAACAUUCAACUAUAUCAGUGUUCCAUGUGGAAAAAUUAAAUGUGUAGAUACUGAUUCAUGGAUAGAUGUUACAAGAAAUAACCGAAUAUAAUGUAUUUUUCCGUAUAUUGCGCGACCUCGUUACCUUUAUACAAAAAUUAUCUCGUAUUCUGUUUUUUUACUUGUUAACAAAAAUGUAAAUAUGUUUUAUUUGUGAAAAUGUAUUAAUUGAAAGUAUAUGAUAUAUUAUGUUUGUAUUAUUGCAUGAAUGAGAAAUAUUACUCAUAUUUUGUAUUAUUUUGUUAUAGAUAUUUAACCAUAGCUACUUCUUUUCAUCCAGUAGAGGACGUGGAAUCAAGCAAGAAAUUAAAUGCAAAGAAUUUUUUGUAAAACCAGGGGCCAAACUUUUCGAUCUUUGUGAAAUUGCAUUUCAAAAAUUGAAAAAUAUAAAAGAAAAAAAAUUAGUUUAUAUUAUGGCAGGAAUUCCCGACAUUUGUAUAAAAGACAAAGACUACAAGAAAGCAUAUGAAGAAGUGUAUUUUGACCCAAAUUGUGACAAAGUUAUGGAAAUUAAACAUACUUUAGAAACUAUUACACAAAGAUUAAGUAAAAUAAAUUGCUAUGUCAUUUAUGUUCCAAUUACAACAAUGAAUAUUGAAAAAUGGAACUGUCAGAGAUUUGAUAUGAAAAAAACAAAAUUCCUUCUUCAUACAGAAAACUAUACGAAAAUGCAAGACAGCUUAAAUUGGGCUGUUCAUCAAAUAAAUUUAUAUAUUAUAAGACACAAUGAAACAUCUGAAUGGGCUACUCCAUUAAUACAAGCAUAUGUCCACAAGUCUACUGGAUCAAAGAAAAGAUAUGCAUAUGCUAAACUGGUGGAUGGUGUUCAUCCAUCAGAACAAUUGAUUCAAUCAUGGGUAAAACAAAUACAAAAAACCAUGAUUGAAAAUGAAUCCAGGUUAAAAAUGUAAAAUACAUAAAAAUUGAUGUACAUGUAUAUAUGUUAUUUUUUGUUAUUUUUAUAUCGACAGUGUUUUUGAUAAUAUUUUUAGGAUACAAUUAACUUUGAGGGACCAAAGUUUUUUUGUCCGACAGGGUAUUUGUGACGUAGUAAAUAUUCAUUCAAAAUAGAAUAGAAGAAUAUUUAAUAAAUGAAAGAAUAUUAAAGAAAUAAAGUAAAGAUUUGUUGAAUUUACAAAGAAAGUUAGAAUCAUAAUUUAAAAUAGAAAGGUUCAUAUUUUCAAGAAACUAAAUUAUAUUGGUUUAAAAAGUCUUAAACAAAGUUACAACACAAUAUUAUGUAACAGGAAAUUUUAUAAAACAUUAUCAAAAAGAUUGUGACAUGUUAAUCCCCCUGAAAUAAAUUAAGCUUAAGUAAUUAUGAGAAGGGGCACAUUUUAGACAAUAAAUCAUUAUCAAUUGGGAUAGCGUCCCGCCGAAGGCAAAGCGAUUAUUUUAUAAAAAAAUAAUUGUCUAUUGUAAAAUAGUGGGAGGGAGGAGUAACUCAAAUUAGUUGUAAAUUGGGGAAUAAAUUAACUUUUGAUUGGGCAAGCAAUUUUAGGCUGAUCUUGGCGUGACCACGUGAGGAAAAGGUUUUAAGGGAUAAAUUUUGAUAUUAAAACUUCACUUGGUCACUUGAUAACAAGAAUAAAGAUCUAGCCUGAAUUUGUGUCCAUUAUAUUUAAGGUAUGUAAAGUAUACAUGUUUGAAACAAAUAAGUAUGAAUAAUAAUUUAACAGAUUUAUUUUAAAUAUAAAAUAUAACAUUGUUCAAAUUGAAGAUAAAAGAACUUAUUCGUUUAACACAAGUUUAUCUACAAAUUGUAAGGAUUGUCGGUUUGUUGAAUAUUAAGUAAAUUAAUUAAGAAAUCAGGCAUAUGAUAAGUUCCGUAAAGAUUGCAUGUGUGAGCAGCUAUUGGUUUUAUUUUUAUUAUAUUAAAGAGACAUAAUUUGAUAUUGUUUAGAAAGAUGCUCGUGUGAAUAAUACAAUUUCAGAAAUAAUAGGAAUCUAAGGAAUAUUUAAAAUGAUAUUUAUAGAUAAGUUCAACUCUAAGAUAUUCAGGAAACUGAACAAUAAGCUGUAAGUUUUGGGAUGGCGAAAAUAGAUAGGUUUGGUCGAUAGGAGAAAAUGUUUAUGUCAACGGUACAUCUUGAUUAUUAAAAUCAGGUUUAUCACUUUUAGUUGCUAAGAUAUAAGUAUAAAUAUAUUGAUUGGAAGUCUUUCAAUAAUUAUGUCUUUAAAGUCUAAUCACUCAUUUUACAAUAGAAGUCCUUAUUUAAUAUGAAUAAUAAAAUGUACUGCCAGUUCAAUUUGAGCUUGAAAUGUUGAGAUGAUAAAUGAGGAUGAGGUAUAGUUCUUAUGGUGUUCAUUGUUAUACAUUUAAAAUAAAAUAUUUAGUUUGGUAAAAAGGCAGGAACAAUCCAAUGUUGACUUUUGAAUUUAUUUUUAUAUGUUUUUAAAGAAUUCAUAAAUGUGAGUUAGUUCCCUUGUUAAUAGAUGAGUUUGAAAUCUACAGAACUUGUAUUUAAAAUUCAGUAUAUGAAUGUAUGUUGUUUAUUUGAUAUCGCAUUUAUGUACAACUGUAAUUAAAUUUCACUUGGUCACUUGAUAACAAGAAUAAAGAUCUAGCCUGAA